AUUCGAUUUCCACGGACCGAUAUUAAAGAAACUGUCUAAGCUGACACAGUCUAAUAAAGUACCAUAUAUUUUAUCUUCUCCUUUGUCAUUUGUUUCUUAGCCAUCUAUCUAGCCGGUUUUGUCCCGUCCCACGCAGCCAUAACAUCACCGAUGCUAUCGGGCUUCCUGAAACUUUUACCAGCGUUAUAAUUCUCUCCAUAUCUACAACGCUACCUCUAGGAAGUUCAUUGCCGUCAUAAAUGACUAGGUAUCAAGGUCAUGCAGGCAUCCUCGUGGUCACCACAACCGGAAGCAACGUCUUUCUACUUUCGCUCUAUGUGGGAAUCAUCAUGGUCGACGCAUCUGGAGAGUUUGGCCAUGAUGACGUCACCAUCGCCGAGCUGGCAGUGCUGUCUUUACGCUUACUAUAUAGGUACCUUUUAGGUAGUUUAAUGUGAG